AAAAUUAGUUUCACACAAGGAUCACGCAAAGGUGCUCCCUAAAUUUUAAUUGCACCAUCCUUGCUAUAUUGUUUUUAUGGUCUCUUCAAUCUUCUCAGUUGUCAAAUAAAUAGGAGGCUUCCCAAGCCCUCACAGAGCACUGCUUUCCACUGUCACUCAACCAAAGCUAACACCAAACUCAUUCAAUUUUUACAUAAACAUCUAUGGAGAACAAUCAAGAUAGCUCAAAAUCUACAGGUGUGUGUGAGAAAAUCCGCGGUGCAAUGAGCGAUUGUCCAAUUCGUCGCUUCUUAAGUCGCCAAAGAGAUUCUAGUCCUGCCUCCCCCAUUCCAAAUCCUUCACUCCCAACCCAUAAUCAUCAAGGGAGAACCAUUGAUAUCCAAACCACACUAGCUGCUCAUGAACAUCCCAAGUUGGUAGAAGGUUCCCAACACCUCAAAGCUCAUGAAAAGACCAAAGCAGAUGAGGUUCCUAUUGAGUUUGAUUAUUCUGGCCUGCAUUCUUCAAUUGUGAAGGGGAGGUCAGCAACACCAUAUUUGCCUAUUCAAAACAUCAGUCCAGUGAGAAAAAUUUCUCCAAUGAAAGAGGAUAACUUUAAACCACCCCUUGUUCCAGUGCAAGAGAACCCCAUGCUUAAGAGACAAAAUAAUGGCCAAGGAGUCAAGGGUACUUCAAAAGUUGAGGAGAAGCAAAAGCCCAAGUUAGAGGCACCUGCAAAAGCACUGAAUGGUGAGGGGAAACAUCAUGGUGUGAACAUGGAGCAACAAGUUAAAAAAGAAGGUGAGAAUCCAGGAGUAGAUAAUAAAACAUUUUCUGAUUAUAUUAAUCGAGCAAAGAAGAUCAUCAGGACUGUCACAAAUGUUGGUGGUAGGCAUAAUACCUCUGGACAAGAUGAUGCUUAUGAUACAAAGAAAAAGGAUCAUGCUAAUGAUCAUUUUUCGGAAUAUAUUAAUCGUGCCAAGAUGAAGAUCAGAACUACAUCAGGUAUUGGAAAUGGAAGGAAUUAACGUCUCCUUCAAACUAGAGUAAGACCAUUUCAAAUGAACCGAAGAGCCUCUACUAUUACUACAUAAAGGCCUUGGACUCUUGGUAUGUUGGUUUGCUUUUCUUCCCGGUUGCAUUCUUGUGCUUGGGCUUAAGCCUACUCUGUCUAUGGCUCUGUCUUUCUCUCAUGUUAUAUCUUCUUGGAAGCAUAUUAUGUUAAAUAAUUUGGUUUGGUUCUUCCUAUUUGUUAUGCCUUAUUUUAUUGCUUUAUCAGUGUAUUGUACUGAAUCCUUGAUAAUAUGUUACAUAUAUUUGGAUCUGCCAAGAUAUUAUAGUAUUCUUCCAAGUGGUUGUGUAUUUC